AUGAAACGGAAUCUAGCUCCUGAGCGUAGGUGCACGAUCCGUGUCCGUGGCGUGGUUGGUUCGCAUCCAGUCCGGCCUUUAUUGGAUGGAAACUCGAGCAACGACGGGGGCUCGUGGGGCUCCGGGCUUCCUUGUGAUCUGGCCAGGUGCAUCGGCGACCGCCUCGACGUGCUAGCGCGCAUAUGCUUCCGCGCCGUGUGCCGGUCAUGGAGGGCAGCGCUCCCCGCCGGCCGCGUGACCUCCAUUCCGUCCCCUUUAGUCAUCAUCCCUGCUACAAUACCAUGCCGCUCCUUGUCCCUGCGAUCCAUCGUCGACUCAUGCGGCGGCACCACCACCUCCUCCAACCCCUUAACUCUCCACGCCGUCGGCUCGGGGCUUCGCUGCGUUGGCUCCAGCGGUGGGUGGCUCGCCGUCGCUGACUCUGAUUCGGUUAUACGGCUGGUAAACGGCCUAACGUUACAGGUGGCGGCAUGCUUGCCGCCGCUCCCGCGCAACACGGAGGUCUGGCGGCUGCAAGGGCUCGGCUUGGUCGACCCGUACUUCGCGUCCCAAGCUCCGGACGACUUCGACGACAUGCUCCUCGGCCGUGAGCACACCAUCCACAAGGUGGCGUUCUCGGUCAGGCCGCCGCGCGCGCGUGGGAGCAGCUACGGCCACAGCGCCGUGGCCCUCCACCGCGCACCUCGGCAGAGGCAGGGGCUGGCCUUGACAUUCACCAGGGCCGGGUGGGACCGGUGGGAAUGGCAGCAACCAGGCUUCUUCCCCGCCGGCGAGGAUGAGCACUUCGACGUCGCCUACUGCCAACGAUCCGGCGUGUACUACGUGGUGACGCCCGACUGGGUGUGGGUCCUGGACAUGAGCGCUCCCGUCCCCACGCUGGAGCCCUUGGUGAGAAUGAGCUGCGGCGUGUCCCUCCGCAAGGUCACCGUCGGGGAACGUAGGCACAUCGUCAUCCUGUCCGACGACGACGACGGUGGCGGGGCGCUCUCGCAGAUGUAUAUGGUGAUAAUCCAGGAAAUGCAGCAGCGGCGCGUCAUUGUGCAAAGGUAUACGGCCGGGGAGCCGUGGAGCGUGGUCACCGACCUGGGCGGCCGCGCCCUGCUCAUCGCCAACCGCGCGCAGUCGGUGUCGGUGCUGCCUACGGCGUCGUCGCUGCCGUGGUUGAAGCGCGACUGCGUCUACUGGAUGACCACCGAUGAGUACGGGUACGAUAGCUGGGAACCAGAACAGGGGGUGGUUCCCGUGUGGCGUUUCCACGUGCCAACAAAUACCACGGACAGAUUCCUACGGUCAAAUCAAGAACAAGCUGGAGCCGACUACCGGAUGCUGGAUUGGCACAACUCCCUUUGGCUUAUGCCUUCUUUGACAUGA